UCUUGGUCAAUGUGUGAGGGCGGAGUCCGCCGCCGCAGCAGCCCGCUCCCCCUCCUCCCGAAUGGUCUCUCCCAGAGGUUACCGGAAGUUGUUAUGGGCUGCCAUAUUUUCAGCUGCUUUGUUGUAGGUUUAAUGUAGGAUACUUAGCCGAUAUUUUUCCUCCCCCCUCCCUUCCUCCUUCUUCUCUUUUUUUUUUCUUUUUCCAGCAGCUAUUCUCCCUCCUCCUCCUUUUUUCCCCCUCCCCUUCCCCGGAAUCGCCAUGGAGGCCAACUGGACCGCUUUCUUGUUCCAGGUAAGAUGAGGGAGAUAUAAAGUGUUUUAUUUGACGGUUGAUGUUUCGCGCACCGUGAUUUUUCGCCGUGCAAUUCGGUAUAUUUGUAGAAAGGGCGGCGGUAUUACCCCCCCGUCCUCCCACUCUUCCCUCAGACAGCCCCCACCCCCUCCUCUACCGCCGCCGGAGCCGCAGCCUCCCUCCACUCCCCUCCCCGGGAAGCGGGGACACCCGGGAGCAAACUACCCCCACCACCUCCUCCUCCUCCCCCCUCUCCUCCCUCCUUCCCCGGGCACACAGGGGAGGCAGCAGCCGGCUCCGCCGAGCGCAGAGGAGGGGAGUGUGGCUGUUACACGGCCUCUCAGAGCGGAGUGCCGAGCCAGGGAGCUGCAGCUCGAUAUGUGCUGGCGGUAACAAGACUACAGGCUGCCUGUCACCAGUGGCUUAUGGGGGGCACGAUUUACUGGAUCAACCUGGAGCUACAAUAUCGACUGUAAAUUAAUACAAAAUAAACAACUGAGUAACAACUGCUACAACAUAACAGAACAGCGUGUGUGUGUAAAUUGAUUUGUGCACACUUUGUGUGUGUUUUUUUUUAUAUAUAUGUGUGUGUGUGUGUGUGUGUGUGUGUGUAGUAAAGCAGGGAAUUAUUUGAACAAGAACAAAAUCAACAAGCUUUUAAGCUCCUAAGAUUGUGCUGUGUAUAGCGGUGCAUGGUUAAUGGCUCCUGAUUUAAUAUUAUGACCUAUUGCGAUGCUGUCCACAUAGCUGAUCUAAUCUACUGUGGUGGUCUACAGUGGUCCAGACCACCCCCCUAAAAAAAAUGCUGCUGGACAUUUGCCACCCCUUAAAAAAAAAAAAAAUCUCAUUGCACAGUACUUUAUUUAAAAAAAAAAAAAAAAAAAAAUUUUUAAGCUGCAACAUUGCCAGGAGAGAACAGAUUUAUACAUAUGCUUAUUUUUUUUUUUCUUCAUCUGAAACACAAAAUUCCACGUUUCUUCUCUUGUAACGUUAUUAGUUGAAUGUCCUUUGUGAAGCCCAUAGCCUUGUCUGUUGGAAGAGGUGUAUUGUUCUUUAUAUGCUGUGUCACUCAUGUGCGUGUGCUCACUGGGAGCCCAGAUCCUUCUCACCCUCGGCAGUGCUGGUUAAUGGGUAUGUCAGUCAACUCCUUCAAGAUUUCAGUUUCUGGCGCGCUGCUUUCUUUGAUGGUUUUUGUUUUGGAGAAAAAUAUCAACAGAAGUAAUCUUGUAUGUUGAGCUUUUAGAUUUCAUCUUGUAUGUCAGUAUGCAUAACUGUUGGAUUUAGUUUUAUAUUUUAUGGGAUGCUAUGUUAUGUUUGCACACUAUUUUAGAUGGAACUUAGAAUACCGCACAUGAAUUUGUUUUCCCCAUGUAAAUGACGUAAAACUGGAAACUUAGGACAAAUAAAUUUUUUUUUUUUUUUGUGCUUUUUGUGUUACUCACGUUAAAGAAAACUGUUUAGAAUCCACUCUGGGGAACUGAAGUACAAAGAGCACUAUUGUCCCUUUCUGUUUUGGUAUUUAAUGUGUAAAUGAUAUAUACCACUUUUAUGGUCCAUACAUUAUAUUUAUGUAGCACCAAGAGACUUACUGGAUUGGUGUUGUGUAAAAUUAAUGCAAAUUUCUGGGGGUGCAUUGUAUAAGGUCCAUUGCAUGUCUUUGCCUCCUUUCCUUGAUGCUUCUUGGGGGGUGGUCUCUCUCUCUCUCUCUCUCUCUCUCCACACAAUCAGGGAAAUAAACAUUCCAUACUUCUAUGAGUACAUCGUUUUCAAUUGAAGAAACUGUGAAGGCCACAAACUUGAAGCGUAUCUUUAAAAAAAAAAAAAUUAUAUAUAUAGUCAAUUUGUAUUUCUUGAUAAAUAACAAGUUAAAGGUGUAUGUCAUGUACAAAUAAAAUAUAAGCACAUUAUUAUUAUUAUUGCCAUUUAUAUAGCGCCAACAGAUUCUGUAGUGCUUUACAAUAUGAGAGGGGGGAUUUAACUAUAAAUGGGACAAUUACAAGAAAACUUACAGGAACGAUAGGUUGAAGAGGACUGCUCAAACAAGCUUACAGUCUAUAGGAAAUCAUUGUAAAGAUUCAAGCUAAGCAAAACAGCAGACUUUAAUAAAGGGCCAAUAUAGGCACCCAGACCACUUCAGCUCUAUAAAGUGGUCUGGGUGCCAGGUCCCCCUAGUUUUAACCCUGCAGCUGUAAACAUAGCAGUUUCAGAGACACUGCUAUGUUUACACUGAGCUGUAAUCCAGCCUCUAGUGGCUGUCUCACUGAUAGGCGUUCCCGCGCUUCUCACUGUGAAAAUCAGUGAGAAGAUGCUGAAGGUCCAUAGGAAAGCAUUGAGAAAUGCUUUCCUAUGCACUGUUUGCGCGCGCGGUUCUUGCUGCUCAUGCACAUUCGGAGCAGAUGGAGGAGAGCUCCCCGGCGCUGGAGAAAGGUAAGUGUUUAACCCCUCCAGCCCAGCGGAAGUGGAACCCUGAGGGUGGGAGGGACCUAAAGACCAUAUAGUUCCUGGCACUAUAGUGCCUCCAAACUUGUGCAGGUUCCACAAAGAGGUCCUAAGGAUCUAUGUACUACACAAACAGAGUAAAGCUAUGUCUGCACACAGCCUGAUUCACUGAACUUAGUAAAAACUGAUUGUGGCUGCAGAAUGGCUAUUGUCCGUUUUGAGCUACAGCUUGUUAUAUGAUGAGUGAAACUGCUGUUGUGGGAUACUACUUAUCCCAUAACCUGUGUUGGAUUUUUAGGGCAUAAUAUGGUCAGAUUCAAAAGCUGAGUGACUCUUUUGAAGGACUGUAGCAUAUUUUAUGGCCAAAUACUAGAAAAGAUUUGGCGGUAAUAGUGUGGCUUGUGUGGGUAGAAGGGUGUCUUUGAAAGCAGGGAUUAGUUAACCUUUAGCUGUCCAGAUGUGUUGGACAUGAUCUCCUAUAAUGCUCUUACAGGCAUCAGGGGAGAUGUAGUCCACAAUAUCAGGAGUGUUGAAGAUUGCCUACUACAAUAUUAACACUUCAAGUACCAAACAUGCUGUAGUGGUUAUGGUACCAGUAGUGUCCUGGAAAACCCACCAAUGUAAGUUUUUGGACUAUUUGAUUUCUUACCAUUGGUCCACUGGUUGCCAACCCCUGCUUCGUCUCUUGCUGCAGUUAGUGCUGGAAGAUUCUGCUAGGUGCUUUUUAUCAUUUUUGAGUUAUGCUAGGCUAGCUCACUGGCUUAGUGUCAGGAGAUUGCUCUAAACCAGAUGUAGGCAACCUUCGGGACUCCAGAUAUUGUGGACUACAUCUCCAUUUGAUGCUUUGCCAGCAUUAUGGCUGGAAAAGCACAUCUGGAGUGCCGAAGAUUGAUAACCCCUGCUGUAAACUGUAAUGCCAGGCUUGGCUCACGAGACACCUUCCAGCUGCAGCAGACAGCUGUUAGCAAACGGGUUGACUGCUUAAACUAGAUGGAUGCCAAGCCACUCCAAAGGAAUAUAAGCCCUACUCUGCGCUAAAGCGCUUGUGGUGUUUGGAGUGUUCCUUUAAUAAGACUCUGACUACCGUAACUCUAUUUGCUGACCAUGCAUAAAGUUGCAGCAAACUAACAUCAAACUGCCAUCACUUUUCAAGAGUCCUUUGUUUAUCCUAAAUAACUUUAAUUUGAAGCUAAUAGGUAAACAAAUCCCAGGCACCAAGGCGACUAGGCAUUUUGUCAAGGCACCUGGGAUUUGUUAGCCUGUUCACACUGUGUUGGCAGCCCAGAAUGUAAAUGGGCGGCAAGGGAGCUGUAAUAUUCUUCGCGCACUGCUGUGAUGUGGGGAGCCAGCAUAGGACAUCCUUCUGGCCCCGGCAUCGCUAAACCGCAUGCGAGAGCAGGCCAAGAAGAGCUUGAAGAUUUCAGUAGCCAGACUGAACCCCAAGGAAAAGAUCAGUUUCAAAGGUAGGGAGGCUGGGUGGUCUUAAAUUGAACUAAAACAAAUAAUUUGUUUGUCAGUGUGUUUCUGUUUAGGUGACUGCCCCCCCCAAUCGCAUGGGAAAGGUGUUUUUUUACUCUUUUUUUUUUUUUUUUCUAUGCUGUACUGGUCUUGCCGUGGCUGACACUGCCUCCAUGGUUGAGAUAAUCAAGCUUGAUAAUCUCAGCCAUUCCAAUGCUUUCCCAUAGUGACAGCGCUGGGAACAUGUAAUAUGACAUUUAUAUACUUCUGAUGCUUUGAAUCAGGUGUGACAUGGGAGAUCAAGUAGAGCCCUGAAGCUAUUUCUGUUGCCAGAAAAUGCAUGGGCUGCCUGCUUCUUGGUAUGGCCCAAGAGAAUGCUGCAAACUUCAUGGUCUCAUUUCACGUGUGUGUGUGAUUUACAUUGUGUAGGUUUACAGAGGCGGGCAAAGCGAUUAAGAAUACUGGACUGAAAGCUUGUAAAUGGAAGCAGUUAUAACAUUUUUUUUUUUUUUUUUUGCCAUUGUGUGUUGCAGUGGCUAGUUAUAUAUGUGGCUGUCUUGGUAUAAUUGUAUCUUGUGAGCUUGGAUAUAUAAUUUUUUUUUUAUUUUUUUUUUGUGAAACUAGGACAAUGGCUGGAAACAUGGCAGAUUUAGAAUUUAAUUUUUUAUUUAUUUUUUUAUUUUUUUUUAUUUUGGAUUUUUUUGUUUGUUUAGCCCCUUCCCGACCGGUGACAUACCAGGUAUGUCCGCCCAAAAAUGGUCGGUAACGACAGCGGAUGUACCUGUACGUCAUUUAGUAGAUCGGUACUUACAUGAUCCCAGGGGCUGCCUAAAAUGCAUCCAAACAUCCAGUAUCUCCUCUCUCUGCAUGCAGACACUGAACUUUCCUCAUAGAUUCAUUGAUUCAAUUCAUCUCUAUGAGGAAAUGCUGAUUGGCCAGGGCUGUGUUUGAAUCAUGCUGGCUCUGCCCCUGAUCUGCCUCCUUGUCCGUCUCAGCCAAUCCUAUGGGGAAGCAUUGUGAUUGGAUCAGGCUACCACUUCUGAUGGUGGCAACAGACUGCUUAUUUUCUGAGUCUAACAGCAUGCAGAGUUACAGCUUCAGGCUUGAAUACAGUAAGAUUUUUAGGGGCCAAGGGGUCUAGAUGGUGAUUUUCACACUAUAGGGUCAGGAAUACAUGUUUUUGUUCCUGACCCUAUAGUGAUCCUUUAAGUUUUUGUGUGUGUGUGUGUGUGUGUGUGUGUGUGUGUGUGUGUGUGUGUAUAUAUAUAUAUAUAUAUAUAUAUAUAUAUAUAUAUAUAUAUUUAUUUUUUUUUAAAUAAUGUAUGUGUAUAUAAGUACUUAUAUACACAUACACAAAUCAUUAAGUGUAUUUUAUUUUAAUAUAUAUGUAUAUUUAACAUACUUAGAAUGUUUAUAUAUUACAAACUGUAUUUUCUGAUCCUGAGGAAAGCCCAGAAUGGGGCUGAAACGUUGAUCUAUAUUUUUAAUGUAUACCCAAUAAAGUUAUUUGGAUUUUAAAUGAAGACUGAGGAGUGCAGUCAUAAUUUCGGAUAUUUUAUGUGAAAUCAGCCAGUUGGCUUCUGCACCCGGCAUUAACAGGGAAAGCAUGAGUGCAAGGAAUCGUGUGUAUCAUUUUAUUUUUAUUUUUUUUAGAAAAUUAUACAGCAGUUUAAAUUUGUUCUAACUGUAUUUUGAUAUUAAUAUACAUAUAUAUUUAAAUCAAAAUACAUUUAGAAUGUUCUAAAUACAUAUAUCCCCUUAACGACCGUGGACGUACUAGGUAAAAAACAGUUGUUAAGGAAAAUAGGAGCCCUGGACUGGCGAUCACGGUCUGGGGGGGGGACUGCCGGAGGCCCCAGCAGUCCCCCUGCAGCAUCUCUGGCCCUCAUGCUGAUCACAUCGCUGUAAUAGGAGUCUAUUAACCAUUUUAAAAUAUAUUCUACAUAUAUAUAUGAUUUCAUUAUAAGUGUACUUUGAGAUAUAUACACAUCUCAAAAUACACUUAUAAAGAAAUCAUAUAUAUAUGCAUUAUAAAUGUAUAAUGUGUUAUAAAAUGCUUUAAUUCUAAUCUAUUAUACAUAUAGGAUAAAAGUGUGUGUACAUGACAACCCAGGCAGACAAUCCAGAUACUUUAAUUGGCAAGCCCUAUAUUUAACCUGGUAACUUUCCAAAACACCAUAAAACGUUUACAUUGGGGGGGGGGGGGUGGAUUAUUGUGAAACUCGAGAGACUAAGCUGAACACAAAUGAGUGUUUAAAACAGUAACACUUAUCACGACGAUGAAAUCAACAGUAAAAGUGCAAUUUUUGUGAGGAAAAAAAAUGCAAAGAACAAAUAUGCAUAACUUUGGCAAGAGUUUGUGGCUACUACAAAAGACUGGACAUACCCCAUUUUGAAUACCUUGAGUUUUCUACUUUUUCAAAUGGUAUGUCAUAGUGGGGUUAGUUUUCAUUUCUGGGCUGCAAAGAUGGUAAGGUAAUAUAAGCAGGCCUAGCAAACCAAUCUGGAAAAUUUCAAUGUGCGAACAUGGAAAUUGGGAAAGCCCUACAUUUGACCUCGGUAAGUUUGCAAAAACCCAUACAACCUGUACAUUGAAAGCACUGUUGUACUCAGAUGUUGCUGAACACAUAUUGGGGUGUUUUUUCAGUAACACAUAACAGGAACUGAGAAUCAAUGCCUAAAGUACACUGUGAGAGGAAAAUAACACCAAAAAACGACUACCCAAAAGUUUGAUAAAGACUGGCGGUAGAAUUAGUGCAUGAAACGUCUUAAAAUACCACCAUUUGAAAUACCCUAGGGUGUCUACCUUUAAAAAACAUAUGGGUUGUUGGGGGGAAAUUACAUUGGACGGCUUAAAAAAAUGUCGCAAAUAGGACAUGGGUGCAUGAUGACCAGCUGUGAAAAUUCCAAGUUGGAAAACUGGAAUGCGCACCCUAAAUACCCAAAUAAGGUCCUUUAACCCCCCAGAGAACCCGACACACCUAUACAUGGGUAGUAUCACUGUACUCAGGAGAUGUGGCUGAACACAUAUUGGGGUGUUCUUUGACAGUAACCCUUAAAGUUCUCAGUACAUAUAUUCUUAAAUUGCUAUGUGUGUCAAAAAAGGCACAUUUUAAUUUUUAUUUUUUUUAACUUGGCAUAGAUUGGUGGUAAAAUGGUUGCAUGAAACAAGUCAAAAUACCCCAAGUUUAAUACCUUGGGUUUUCUUCUUUUAAAAAAUAUAUAUACAUGUGAAGGGUUAUUUAGGGAUUCCUGACAGAUGUCCGUGUUACAAUGUAAUUUGCGUUAAAGGAACACUAUAGUCACGUAAAUUACUUUAGCUAAAUAAAGCAGUUUUAGUGUAUAGAUCAUUCACCUGCAAUUGCACUGCUCAAUUCACUGUCAUUUAGGAGUUAAAUCACUUUUUCUGUUUAUGCAGCCCUAGCGACACCUCCCCUGGCUAUGACUGACAGAGCCUGCAUGAAAAAACAACUAGUUUCACUCUUAAACAGAUGUAAUUUACCUUAAAUAAUUGUAUCUCAAUCUCUAAAUUGAUAUUUAAUCACAUACAGGAGGCUCUUGCAGGGUCUAGCAAGCUAUUAACUAAGCAGGGGAUAAGAAAAUCUUAAACAGAACUUGCAAUAAAGAAAGCCUAAAUAGGACUCUCUUUACAGGAAGUGUUUAUGGAAGGCUGUGCAAGUCACAUGCAGGGAGGUGUGACUAGGGUUCAUAAACAAAGGGAUUGAACUCCUAAGUGGCAGAGGAUUGAGCAGUGAGGCUUCAGGGGCAUGUUCUAUACACCAAAACUGCUUCAUUAAGCUAAAGUUGUUCAGGUGACUAUAGUGUCCCUUUAAUUUUGAAAAACAAUGGUUUGGAAAUAGCAAAGUGCUACUUGUAUUUAUUGCCCUAUAACUUGCAAAGAACAUGUUAACAUUGGGUAUUUCUAACUCAGGACAAAAUUUAGAAACUAUUUAGCAUGGGUGUUUUUUGGCAGUUGUAGAUGCAUAACAGAUUUUGGGGGUCAAAGUUUGAAAAGGUGUGGUUUUUUUUUUAUUUUAUUUUUUUUAUACUUUAUAAAGAAAAUUAUAGUAAAUUAUAUGAUAUACUGAAAAUAAUCUUUAUAAAGACUAAUGGCAAGAAAAACGGUAUAUAAUGUGUGGGUACAGUAAAUGAGUAAGAGGAAAAUUACAGCAAAACACAAAAACCGCAGAAAUAUAAAAACAGCCCUGGUCCUUAAGAAAACUGAAAAACGGUCUGGUCACUAAGGGGUUAAAGAAACCUUCAAACAUAGGUCUUAUGUCAGCAACAUCAAAUUCUUAGAUAUGUAAAGGAACACUAUAACUUUAGAAAUACAAAUCCCUAUCCCUGCCUUUAUAACAACAACAAAAACUUGCCUUUUACCAGCGCUGAGACUCCCUUUGUGCUGCUCCCUUUUUUGCUUCCUGUAACAUAAUCAAGGAGGCAUUGCUUCAUCCAUUCCUGGACCAACGAUGUGCAUACAUAUACAUACACAUACAUACAUCCAAUGCUUCUCCUAUGAAUUCCAUGCUUUACUAUGUGCUGCAGUGUCACCUUUUUUUAUUUGGCCAGUGCAGCAGAAGCACCUCUAGUGGCUUUCUGCAAUACAGCCCACUAGAGUUGUGUUUAACCCUGCAAUGUAAACAUAAAUGUUUCUACAAAACUGCAGUGAAUUACUUUGCAGGGAUGAAAUGACAGGGCCACUGCACUCAGACAUUCUUUUCAAAUAUUUUGAUUGAAGAUUUUUCAAAUAAUGUAUAAAUGUAUACAAUCAGAUACUGUAAUAACACUAUAAUAAUAAUAAUAUUGAUUAAUACAGAAAAUAACAUACUAAAACAGGGAAUAAACUUGAUUUGGGAUUUCUGUGGGAAAAGCAAGUCUUAUGGCUUGACCAGUGUGCAGAUUUUUGUUUAACAUUGUAUUAACUAUCCACAGACUUCAGGUGGAAGGGGUUUUCAAUCACAAUUUUUCCCCACCAUAACCUAUUUGGAUUUUGCUUCCCAAGCACUACCAAGCCUCAAUAAGCAAACCAGUAACCAACCUCAUGCUGAAGAGUUGCAUUAACAACAAAACAGCUGUCCUUGAGUGGUUCACUGGUUUUGCAUCUUUUCCUAAAUUGUGUUCCAAGCAGUUGUAUACUGCAAACACAGAUUAAAAUGAAUCCAUGUUUAAAAUGGAAUGAGGCAAAAAUGUGAUUCUUUGUUAAAGUAAUUUGCAUAUGCUCACCCAGAAUCCUUUGCAGUUGUAACAUCACUGCAAAUUUGGGAUUUCUGUGGGAAAAGCAAGUCUUAUGGCUUGACUGGUGUGCAGAUUUUUGUUUAAUCUCUCUCUCUCUCUCUCUAAUUAUAAGUGUAUUUUUAUGCAUAUAUUAAUAUAAAAAUACACUUAGUAUGACUAUAUAUUAAGUGUAUUUUAUAUUAAUAUAUACAUAUUAAAAUUAAACUAUGCGUGUGUGUAUAUAUUAGUAGUAUUAUGAGAUAUAUAUAUAUAUAUAUAUAUGCUAUAUAAAUCGCAAUACAAAUAUAUACACACGUAUAGUUUAAUUAUAAGUGUAUUUUUAUAUUAAUAUAUGUAUAUAUUAAUAUAAAAAUACACUUAUAAUUAAACUAUACGUGUGUAUUAUUAUUGCGAUUUAUAUAGCGCAUAUAUAUUAACUAUAUUUAGUGUGUGUGUGUGUGUGUAUAUAUUAAUUAUAAAAUACAAAAGUAAAUUAAAUUAUUAAAAAGCAAAAAUAAUAAAAAAUGAUAUCUAUGAAAUUAUUCUAACUGUAUUUUGAUAUAUAUUUAUAUCAAAACACACUUAGAAUGAAAUUGUGUAUAUAUCUGUGUGUGUGUGUGUGUGUGUGUGUGUAUAUAAAAAUAAUACGAAAUAUACAUAUGUCCAUAUACAAAAUUGCAUAAAUAAUUAUAUAAAUAUACAUGCAGACUUCAAAUAUAUAAAUAUGCAUAUAUAUUUAAAUUCUAUGUGCGUAUUACGUAAUUAAGUAAUUUUAUUGAUUGAAAUUUGAGGGACCUGUCUGCCAACCCAGGCCAAAAGUCCAGAGAAUUUAAUGUGCUAGCACUGUAUUUUACCUUGUAACUUUCUAUGACACCGUAAACCUGUACAUGGGGGGGUACUGUUUUACUCGGGAGACUUCGCCGAACACAAAUAUUAGUGAUUCAAAACAAUAAAACGUAUCACAGCAAUGAUAUUGUCAGUGAAAGUGACUUUUUUUUUAUUUUUCACACACAAACAGCACUUUUACUGAUGAUAUAAUUGUUGUGAUACGUUUUCCUGUUUUGAAACACUAAUAUUUGUGUUCAGCAAAGUCUCCCGAGUAUAAGUUACAGGGUCAAAUAUAUGGGUCAAAUAUUUUUACAUUACAAAAGCGCUAGGGAGAGCUCGUGGCUGACCGAUCAUGUAGUAUAAAUACACCCUGAUGGGGUAACGAUAGGAACUAUGUACAAGUUAACCAAUAUAAACUGAGCUUUGGUUGUCUAGAAUGCCGUGAUGUAAGACGGCGACGAAGUUGUUCUCAGGAACAAAUGUUAUGCUUGUUUCACAUUUGAACAUAUUGUAGCAGAUACACACAGGUCGUACGUGACCUCAACCUGCUGAACACUGAAUCGAAUAAGCUGUUCUACCAUUACUCUAUCUAAUCUAAUAAAAACAGAUUUACAAAAAAAAUUAAAAUAUUUUUACAUUGAAAACUGCCAGGUUUGUUACGUUGCCUUUGAGAGCGUAUGGUAGCCCAGGAAUGAGAAUUACCCCCAUGAUGGCAUAACAUUUGCAAAAGACAACCCAAGGUAUUGCAAAUGGGGUAUAUCCAGUCUUUUUUUAGUAGCCACUUAGUCACAAACACUGGCCAAAAUUAGCAUUCAAUUUAGUUUUUUACUUUUUUCACACACAAACAAAUAUGAACGCUAACUUUGGCCAGUGUUUGUGACUAAGUGGCUACUAAAAAAGACUGGACAUACCCCAUAUUGAAUACCCUGGGUUGUCUACUUUAAAAAAAAAAUAUAUGUACAUGUGGGGUGUUAUUCAGAAAUUUGACAGAUAAUAGUGUUACAAUGUCACUAUUGAUAAAUUUAAAAAAUGUAUGUAUCGAAACCGCAAUAUCCUACUUGUACUUAUAGCCUUAUAACUUGCAAAAAAAAAAGCAUGUAAACGCUGGGUAUUUUUAAACUCAGGACAAAACUUUGAAUCUAUGUAGCAGUUUUUUUCAUUAGCUUUUGUAGAUGAGUAAAAUAAUUUUCAAGUAAAAGUCAAAAUAAUUUUUUUUUUUUUUUUCAACUGGUCAUAUUUUUUUUUUUAACUUAAUUUACAUGAGAUUAUAUAAAUAAUGGUAUGUAAAGAAAGACCCUUUUUGUCCUUAAAAACCCCAAUAUAUAAUUUGUAUGGGAACAGUAAAUGAGAGAGCGGAAAAUUACAGCUAAACACAAACACCACAAAAGUGUAAAAAAAGGCCUGGUCGCAAAUGUACAUCGCAAAAACAGUCUGGUCCUUAAGGGGUUAAAAUCAACAACCAAACCUGUAUUCCUGGCACGGUAGCUCCCUCUGCCUCCUUUUUACAUUGCAGCAAUAGGUGCAAAAGGCACAUUACACCCAGACCACUUCAAUUUGCUGAAGUGGACUUGAUGUCUACAGUGUCCCAUUUAAAAUGUUUUUCUAAAUGUGUAAUAUGUGCGAAGAGGAAUAGUCUUCGGCUGCACAAUAUAGCUCUCUUGUUUGUUAUCAUUAUGUAGAAUUGCCAUAUUUAAGUAUACCAAAAUAGGGAGCCAUCUACUAAACACAGACCUAUACACACUCUCAGAUAUACAUACACAUUCAGUUUUGCCGAUGCCAGGAUUACCUCAUAUCCCAGCAGCCGGCUCACUGUUGGGCAUGUGAGGGAGUUGUGCAGGAGGAGCUCAGUAUGUAAAAGAUUCACUGCCUCCUUCGCCGCCUGGCAUCCCGGAGUGCUACCGGGUCGCAUUACUAGCGGUUCCAGGUUGCCCGCGGGUUGAACAUACCUGUUUUAAAAUGUCCCUGUGGCCUUUUAUGCAUUAAAUGAACAAUGAGAUGCCUCUAUGUAAGAGUUUGUCAAGAUAGCCCAUGAUUGCUCCAGAAAAUCUAUUUUUUUUUGUGCAUUAAAAAAAUAUAAAAAAUUGUAAUGGCAGACAUUUUUAUUUUUAUUUCAAUACUUUAAUCCCACAUAGAUUAAUAAUUUUGAAAUGUUCAAUUUCUUAAAACUAUUUUAAGCUUCAAUAGAUGCUUAUAAAUGUAUAAUUUUAAUAAAGAAGACUAGGAGUCCCCUAAAUAUAGUGUUUGUGUACAUAUAUACACACCCCUUAAAGGGACACUAUAGUCACCAGAACAACUACAGCAUAUUGUAUUUGUUCUGGUGAGUAUAAUCAUUCCCUUCAGGCUUUUUUGGAGUAAACAGUUUUCAGAGAAAAGACAGUGUUUACAUUACAGCCUAGGGAUACAGAUACACCCACUGGCCACUCCUCAGAUGGCUCGUAGAGGGGCUUCCUGGGAUGCAGCACUGCCAUUCAGUGUCUCCACCCUCUGCACUCCACCCUCUGAACUUUCCUCAUAGAGAUGAAUUGAUUCAAUGCAUCUCUAUGAGGAGAUGCUGAUUGGUCAGGGUUGUUUGGCUUAUCUGGGCUCUGCCCCGAUCUGUCUCCUCGACAAUCCAAUGCUUUCCUAUGUGAAAGCUUUGUGAUUGGCUGAGAUUCCCAUUUCUGAUGUCAGCCAGGCAGGCUGAUCAGGGGCAGACAGCAGAAGCAAACUGAAAUAAAUGUAAGAUUUUGCUAUAUUUGGGGGGACUGGAGGUGGGCUAGAUGGUGGUUUUAACACUAUAGGGUCAAUAAUACAUGUUUGUGUUCCUGGCCCUAUAGUGUAUAGUGUUCUUUUAAAGGAUCACUAUAGUGUUGUUUUUCUGACACUAUAGUGCCCUAAUGGUGCCCCCACCCUCAGGGUGCCCCUCCCAUGGCGCUGAAGGGGUUAAAACCCUUUCAGCAUCUUACCUUAUUCCAGCGCUGGGCUCCUUUGGCGCUGGUGACCUCUCCUCCCCGUCCGUCUGCGGAGCCGAAUGCGCAUUCAAAGUGUCCAUAGGUAAGCAUUUCUCAAAGUUUUCCAAUGGACGUCAGCUUCUUCUUACUGUUCAUUUUCACAGUGAGAGCCCCUAGAGGCUGGAUUAACCCUAUUGUUUCUCUGAAACUGCUAUGUUUGCAUCUGAAGGGUUAAAACCUGAGGGACCUGGCACGCAGACCACUUCAUUGAGCUGAAGUGGUCUGGGUGACUAUAGUGGCCCUUUAAUCUAAUAAAUAAAAUUGUAACUUGUUUUACCUCAAAGGAGCAUUUUAGAUACAGAUAGUAAUCUAUCAAGAUUUGUUCCUUUUCAGGGUUCUUCUCUCAUUUGUUCAAAGCUAUUUAAUUUGAAUUGACCCCUUCCUAGAUUACCAUGUAACCCCUUUUGGCUUCAACAUACGUUGUAUGUUUGGUCUUCCUUUCCAAUUUAAAAUCGAAACUUAAUUCACUAGAUUUGAUACAGGCUCGUUCGGUCAACCUUGAUAUAACCGAGUUUGACAAAUCAGAGCAUCUUUGCACCCUAUAUCAAGAUGGUGCUAAUGGUAAUAUGGCUUCAAGAGCCACUUGGAUUUAAGAGACUAUUUCCCUGGCGUACUAUUCACAAGAUAAGUCACCUCCUCCUUUGCUGCUGGCUUAUUCUACUAGGUCAAUCUCAAUCUUGGAUAAAACACUGGCUUAAAAAUAGAGUGCAGAGAGUAAAUGUAAAAUUUGCAGGUUGGACAAAAGUGGUAAGAGGAUUGCCUCAGGGUUCUGUCCUGGGUCCACAUCUCUUAAAUCUAUUUAUAAGUGAACUUGAAGUGGACAUUGAGGUAUUAUUUAAAGUGACUUUGAACUAAAUUUUUAUUUUGUUCAUUUUAUUUUUUUUAAAACAUGUCUUAUUGAUAUUAGGUUUCAUUGGAUACAUAUUUUUGUGAUUUGUUUUCCAACAUAUAUGUAAUAAUGAUUAUGCCAGAAGUAUAAAGCAUUAUAGUAUUCUGAGUCUUCAGAAUCGAACAAGUAGAACACAGGUUGCAUUCCAAGGACGCUUGUAACCCAACAGGAAAUGACAUAAGGAUCAAAAACCCAGAAACAGAAUAUAGGAUUGAUGGAACAUAAUGUCCAUCCCAAACACAGAUGAGGAGUGGACCAGACAUUGAAAGAAGAGCGCGAUCACAGCAAUCAAAAGUGGGAUAUAAACAAGAAGAGAAGAGCCAGGAUUAUUGCAAUUUAAGAAGUCAUAUUGGCAUUUUUGUUUUAUAGCAAGUAUUGUGUUGCUUUUAUUUGUACUAUAAUUUUUAUUUUUAUCAAUAAAUAUAAUUAUCAUCUUUGAAGAAGUGGAAUUCACUUUAUUUGGACCACAUAUACCUACCAAAGUGUCAAGGCAGCUUUAUCAGGCUUAUCGUGUGUGUGUGUCUCUCUCUCAUCCUGGGUAGGUGUGGCUAGACUGCAUAGACAAACUGAUUUUAAUUUCCAAAUAUUAGAGAAUGAGCAGUGAGCCAGUAGGGGCAAGAAUUUAUAUACCAUAGCCAUUUCAUUAAGACAAAGAUUUUUUUUUUUAGUACUUGAGUCCCUUUAGAAAAUACAAGUCCCUAAAGUCCUUUAGCUGAUUUAGGAAAAAAAAAAACCCAACAUCCUUCUUUUUGAAAGUGUCAGGUUCAAAACAAAUUGGUCCUUUUAUAACCCCUGGACAUUGGUUUGUCUUGAACCACUGUAAGGGUUCCAUUACUCUAAGCCAAGCGGCAUGUGGCCUGGUGAGCUGCAAGUACAUGCUUGGUGUUAAAGCAGAGUAGGCAGCUGCUUUCUCCACAUUGCAGGUGCUUACUCUGCUAAAAUUUACCAGGCCAGGGAAGGCAGAAUGGAGCAGUGAGGAGCAGAAAGGAGAUCUCCAAAUAGAUCCCCACUGGGAAUGGUGUCUGUCUGGGAGUGUCUCUGUGUUGCGAUGGCUGCAGCUGGACAGUGGAUUACCUGGAGGUGCACAGAGGCACGCAACGUCACAUUCCGACGUGACGUCAACUUGCUCCACCUUCACAGGGUUUCAAGAAGUAGCGGGAGCAUCCACUUUGGCACAGGGUGUGGACGGAGCCAUUUGGGGUAUACCAGAGGCCGCACUCCAGAGACGCUUUCUGGCAGCGGCAAUGUGUGGGGACUGAGAUUUAGUAGAGGGGAUGCUUUUUUUUUAUUAUUAUUAUUUUUUUUUUAUUUUUUUUUAAUACAAUACUUUUCAAAAUAAACCUACGUUCCUAUGAAAAUUUAAGGUUUUUUUUUUUUUGUUUUGUUUUGUUUUUUGCGGCACAUAAACUUAAACGUGCUAGACUUUGAGUUUGACAUGCUUGCUCUAUGCAGUUAGAGAAAGUAAAGGUGUCUUGCAGAUAAUUCUCUAUGAAAAGGAUUACAUGGUUCUUUCAGUGCUUCUCUAUAAGAAGAAUUGGCUUGUUCAGGAUAUUGCAGGUAGUGGUGAUCUCUGUGAGGAGGCGCUGCAGUUAGACCCUCUCGUUACUGUAUUAGAGAGAAGUCCAUUUUUUUUUCUCCUUUAGAAAUGUGGGAAGGCCCAAUAAUUUAAAUUUUUUUUAUUUCUAAUAGAGUUAAAUUUAAGUUCAAUAAAGUGAUGAUACAGAGGGUAUAGGCAUGCCUAAAAAUAAUUGAGUGACAAGGAGAGCAAAAGAGACCUCACAUAAGCACUAUUUCAGCUCUUCAUCCAUAGCAAACAUAGUGCAUGUGCUGUGGUUGCUAUCGUAACCUCUUAGCCAAUGCUGUGUAGGGAGUACAGAAACUGAGUGGUCUACAUCAGUCCAUUCAAACUCUAGUAUGCUGUAAAUGAAAUCCGCUUGUCUGUGUAAACAAUGGGGUUUUCAGUGCUUUGGGCACGGAAAUGUUUUGUAUCAAUUUUGUAUUUUAUGUAUAUUACUUAUUUCUUAAAGGACCACUAUAGUGCCAGGAAAACCACACUCGUUUUCCUGGCACUAUAGUGCCCUGAGGGUGCCCCCACCCUCAGGGUCCCACUCCCGCCAGGCUCUGGGGAGAGGAAAGGGGUUAAACUUACCUUUUUUCCAGUGCCGGGCGGGGAGCUCUCUGCCUCCGUUCCUCCUCUUCGGCUGAAUGCGCAUGCGUGGCAGGAGCUGGGCGCGCAUUCAUCCUGUCUCAUAGAAAAGCAUUUAUAAUGCUUUCCUAUUGACGCUGGCGUCUUCUCACUGUGAUUUUCACAGUGAGAAGCACGCAAACGCCGCUAGCGGCUGUCAAUGAGACAGCCAAUAGAGGCUUUAGAGGCUAGAUUAACCCAUUUAUAAACAUAGCAGUUUGUCUGAAACUGCUAUGUUUAUAACAAAAAAGGGGUUAAUCCUGGAGGGACCUGGCACCCAAACCACUUCAUUAAGCUGAAGUGGUCUGGGUGCCUAGAGUGGUCCUUAAAUUCGUAUUAAAGGAACACACCAAGCUCAAUAGGCCUUUGUAGUGUAGAGGAGGUUAUGGUGCCAGAACCACUUGGCUAAAUAGUUAAACUGUUUGCAAAUGAGGUAUUCUGGUCACCGUCUCUUGUUACCAGAAGCUUCUGGGCCGAGCACAGCCUGUUGGUUCAUGGCUUAGCUCAUUGACUGAGAUUACUCAGCUGAUGCUCUCAGCCAAUGAGCCUACCAUAUAUGGCAGGGCUUAGUUUAGUAGAGGUAUCUAUGCAGAGCUUGGAGACCCUGCACAGUAUGCAGCACUGGACUAAGAAGCACCUCUAGUUGUCAUCUGAGUGACUGUCGCUAGAGUUGUUCCUAGGCAGCAUUGAAAAUGCUUUUUCUUUGAAAAGGCAGUGUUUACAUUGAAAAAAAGACUGCAGGGACAGGCAUUAGAUACAAGACCGACUACUUUAAGCUUUAAUGGAUCUGGUGAUUAUAGUGUCCCUUCAAGAAUUUUUAUUUAUAAUCAUUUUUAUUUUUUUUUUUAUUUUUUUUUAAAUCUGGCUCCUAGAUUUGUCAAGCUUGCCUUCUCUCUCCAUAUAAUCACUAUCUGUAAUAGCACAUCACUAGUCCUCCCAACUGACUCUUGCGCUAUUGAUAGUCACCCAAAGUCUAGAGAGAUACUUGAAGGUGGCAGUGUCUAGAAAUAACCCGGAAGGAUUGUUAAACCGUCAUAAAUAAGUAAAGUGGAUUCCAGGACCCAAAAAGGAAGUAUAAUCAGGGUAAACUGCUGAAUGGAUCGGUCAGUUGAGAUAUCCAGAUAUUUGCUUUAAGGGACACUUCAGUGCCCAUAAACAAAGUAAAAUUCCCUGUUCAGUAGGGGAAAUAUCUAAACACCACUUGCAGAUCUAUUGUUUGAUGCCUUUGUACAUUCUCUCUGUGUAACUCAGCCCAGACAUUCUCUAACUGUCCAAUCACAGACUUCCCAAAUGCAUCCCAAUGAGAAGUCUUUACAGGAUCUCUGAGCAACUCCCUCUUGAGUUUAGCUGGAUUAAGCUAUACAUCUAAGAAAUAACAGAACUGGUUGUCAGAUUUACAUAAAAGUGCAAAUUUCUCUUGAAAUCUGCACUUUAUGUAAAAUGGAAAACAAAUAGGAGACAGUCUUCACACAUAAAGCUAUUUAGCAAGCUGAAGUGCUUUAGGGUUUGGAGUGUCCAUUUGCCAAGAUUAUACAUUUUAACCACCCACGUAAUGUGGCAAAGCCCUAUCAUUUAGGUGUGCUGCCUAUAUUUAAGUUUAUAAGCGCUGAUCCUUCUGUACACUCUUCACUUAAUGUGACAUACUCAGCUGAUUUUCUAAAGAGUUUUAAACUGGUUGUGAUAAUUUUUGUAUUUAUUUUAGAGAUUGUAAUUUUUAACUUCUAAUAUAUAUAUAUUUUUUUUUUAUUUCAGGCACAUGAAGCCUCACAUCAUCAUCACCACCACCACCAUCAACAACAGGCUGCCCAAAACAGCUUGCUACCACUUUUGGGAACUCCGGUUGAGCCCCCUGAUCAGAAGCCCAUGUUACCUUUACCUUUAGCACAAAAACCUCAGACUCCAACAGAACCUAUAAAAGAACCAGUUGUAGUAAAAAAAGAGAAACCGAAAACGUCAUUUGUGUGUACCUACUGUAGCAAAGCUUUCAGGGACAGUUACCAUUUGAGGCGCCAUGAGUCCUGCCACACAGGAAUAAAAUUAGUGUCACGACCAAAGAAAACGCAAGUGUCACCAGUUGUGCCCCUCAUCUCUACUAUUGCUGGGGAUAAUAGCAGAUCAUCAUUGGUAUCUACUAUUGCAGGAAUUUUGUCAACAGUCACAACUUCUUCCUCUACUACCAUUCCUAGCUCAAGCACUAGUAUCCCACCAAUGCCGGUGACUCAACCAGUAAAGAAACCAAGUAAACCAGUUAAGAAAAAUCAUGCAUGUGAGAUGUGUGGAAAGGCAUUCAGGGAUGUAUACCAUCUCAAUAGACACAAACUGUCUCACUCUGACGAGAAGCCGUUUGAAUGCCCAGUCUGCAAUCAGCGUUUCAAGAGAAAAGAUCGUAUGACAUAUCAUGUUCGAUCUCAUGAAGGAGGGAUCACAAAGCCUUACACAUGCAGUGUUUGUGGAAAAGGUUUUUCAAGGUAUGGAUUUUAUUUUCAAUUUCUUACAUAAAUUUAUUUAAAAGUUUAACUUGCACUGCUCAGGUCAGUUAAAGUCGUAUAUUGGGUUCCUAAGGCGGCUCAAAGGGUAAUUGGGCUUCUUUCUGCUCACUGUUGUUCCAUCACAGUGUGAAGAAUCCGUGCUAGAGGCAAGUAGAUGUGAAAUCAUGUCAACAAUCUCCUUUACAAUUGUUUCACUUUAUGAUAAUGCAGUGUCUCAAGAUGUUGAACUCCCUUUGCAAAGAGUAGACUUAUUUAUACCAGAGGACGUUUAUGCCUAGAAAUCUCCAAAUACUCAAAAUGCCUUUGUCUGCACAUUGUGUAGUUGGAGGGGCUGACUAGUACAUGGCAAAGCUCUCGGGUCUGUUAGCGUUUGGGACCUAUAGUUCAAUUAUCACAUUAUCAGCUUUCUACUUAUGAAUAUAUAACUCAGAGUAACCUUUUUGUUGGGCCUUCUUUUUUGCCAUGUACAACCAUGUUGUUGGGAAAAAAUGCAGCUUUAAAAAAUAAAUAAAUAUGAUUUAUGGACCCAUGGCAUAGCUUACCGUAUGCAGGACCAGCAAGAAAGUUAUAUGUAAGAUUUACUUAGGAGGAGCAACCUAUGAAAUUACUUUCCUUUGUGGUAGACGAGCAUUAGUCCAUCUAAAUCACGGUUGUCCAAAAUGUUUUAAAACUAAAACUUCCAUGAUGCUUUGUCAUUCUAAAGACAUACUAAGCAUGAUGGGAGCUGUAGUUCUGCAACAUCUGGGGAGCUACCUUUUGCGCACUCCUGCUCUAAAUCUUACAAUACAAUAUGGGUUAGCCCAGGGCUUGACAAAUCCCAGGUUGGCAUGGCCACUAUGAAUUUUGUUCUGGCACUUGGCUAUUUCUCAGCUCGUUCCCUCCGAGGCAGGUGGCUGAGGGGGAGUGGAGGGCAUGUGGCUGACCAGCUGUAAGGAAUGGAGGGAGCUGCAAUCUUCUUGCUCUGCUCCCUUGCGCUUACCAUCUAGUGAUACUGGUAGCUGGCAUAUAUGUUGUCACCCUGGCCCAGGUUUCAAUAAACAGCGCGCGGGAGAGGAGAGCAUGAAGAGCUUGAUAACAGCAGCCCCACUGGACUCCAGGAAAAGCCAAUCCAUUCCAGCUCUCCCAAAUGUAGGGAGACUGGGUGGACUUAAAUUGAAUUAAAACAUAAUUUGCGUGUGUGUGUGUUUAGGUGUUUUUACUCACCUUUCUUCCCACACUGUGCUGGUCUCGCUGCGGUUGGCGCAACCUCCAUGGCUGAGAUAAUCAAGCUUGGUGAUAUCAGCCAAUCCAAUGCUUUCCCGUAGGAAAGCAUUGGGAGGCUCUUGUGCAUGCACUGCAAAAGCUGCACCAAUUAGCAUUUACUCAUAGAGAUGUAUUGAAUCAAAAUGUUCAGCGUUUUAGGUGCUGCACAUUGUGCAGUACUGACAUAGGAAGCAGUUUAGUGACUGUCUGAGUGCCACUCGAGUUGUUACUAGGCAGCAACACUGCCUCUUCUCUUAAAAUGUAGUUUUUACAUUGAAAAGUCAGCUGGGACAGGAUAUAGACACCAGAACUACUACAUUAAGCUGUAGUGGUUCUGGUGAUUGUCGUGUCCCUUUAAGAAUUGUAUUUUUGUCUUUGAAAAUGGCUACUAGAUUUAUAACUAAUUUGGCAAGCACUUAGUGUUUAACUUUAUGGCUCUUUGAUUUUAUGGUCAGGUUUGCUGUCCGUUGCUUUCAGACUGGCAAGCAAAUUAAGAAUCUAGUAAAAGUCCUGUUGACUUGAUAUCCGCAUAAAUUUUAAAUACUGGGUAAACCCAGACAUGCCUUAAAGGAACACUGUAAAUGCAAAAAGAUAUUCCUGACAUUAUAGUCUGAAAUGGCUUUGCACGUGACAUGUCUUGCUCCUAUUGCACUGAAAAUGUGGUUUCACUUACCUUUUUCUUCUGUGCUGGUCUUGCAGCUGUUAACUCCGCCUCCAUAGUAAAGCUUUGUGAGGCCAUUGUGCAAGCACAACAAAAUGUUGCGCCAAUCAGUAUAUCCUCAUGGAGAUGCAUUGAAUCAAUGCAUUUCUGUGGGAAACAUUCAACGUCUCCAUGCAGAGAAUCUGAACGUUAGUUGACUAGGAAGCACUUUUAGUGGGUUUGAAUAACUGCAACUAAAUGUGUUAGGCACCAAUGUAAACACUGUGUUUAAUCUGAAAAGCCUGCAGGUACAGCCAAAGUGUAGCGUUGGUAUGGCAUGGGCAUGGGCAUGGUAUGACGUGAAAGUAUGAAUUUCUGCCAGCUGUCAAACUGUUUAACAAUUUAACAGAAAAGUUUAUAUUUAUAAGUAGCAAGUAGUUAGUGUAGAUUUCUACUUUUAUAUAUUUAUCUCUCUCCAUCUCUCCUAUGAUAAAGAAGACUGGUGGUUUUAACACUAUUGGGUCAGGAAUACACAUUUUUGUUCCUGACCCUAUAGUGUUCCAUUAACCAUGAUGGACCAUUUAGGUGGCUUGCAUCCAUUACAUUCACCCUUUCUUACAUUUGAUUUUUGCUAUUGAUCCAAAAGAAGGCAAAAAAACUAUCUAAACCGCUUCCAAUUGUACAACAAAGUAUAAAAAAAUAAAAUAAUUCUUGACCCCAGUAUGGCAGUCAGAUAUAUCCAUGGAUCAAGAAGAUACCCAUAGUACAUGUUAACUAACUUUUGAUAUUUUUAUCUCCUGCUAAAUUGAACUUUAGCCACACACAGGAGACUCCUAUAAUGUCUAGCAAGCUAUUAACGGUGCAGGAGAAAAAUUCUAAAUUGAAUAGAAUUUGCAAUAAAGGAAGUGUAAACAUUAGAUCUAACUUUAGAGGAAGUGUUUAGGAAGGCUGUGUUUGUUAUAUGAAGGAAGAUGUGACAAGGGCUGUAUAAAAAUAAAUAGAUUUUAAUGCCUAUGACACAUAAGUGAGCAGUGAAGCUGCAGGGGAAUGAUCUAUACACCAAAACUGCUUCUUUCAGCUAAAGUUGUUUUGGUUAAUAUAGUGUCCCUUUUAAAUAACAAUAGCUGCAAGCAGUGAUGUCGUCGUUAAAACGUAAUGACAUUGCUAUGACACGCACAUAUAAAGCAGCAUGUAAUAGGUGCUUAAUUCUGGAUAAUUAUUUUAAACGUUUGUAGCUUCAAAACAAUAAAACUACCGAGGCAUGACCUAUGAGCCACUUGUGUAUACAGGUGGUCCUCGUUUUGCGACCUACCUGUUUUAUGACGGCUCGCACUUACGACCACCUCUCUCGCGGGUUGGUAAGUGCGAGCCGUCGUAGGAAUUAGAGGGAUUCCCUGAUCUGCUGCGUUCAUCUAUGUUCGGGGAAAUGUCCCUGAACAUAGACAAGUGUACCAGAGCAGGGAAUCCCUUAACUCCUCACUUACCGACCAAUUUGUUCUACGACCAGGUCAUAGGAACGGAACUCAGUCGGUAAUUGAGGAGUACUUGUAUUGCAAAUAUUUUUUAUUUUUUUUUGCCUAUGCCUUUUAUGUAUCUUGAAUGUGUGUGUAUUUUUCUGUUUAAUAUUUUUUUUUCCUCCCAUACAAGUCAAGUACAAUAACAUUUUAAGGUUAGUUUAAGUAAUAAAAGAAUACAUAGUCCAUUACCGUGCAAGUAUUUCAGACCAGUUCAGAAUUGUCAGUUUGUUGUGGUAGGGGUUUUUUUUUUUUUUGUGUGUGUUUUGGACACCCAUGUUGCUUUUGCAAAAGUGAUAGGAGCCGCACUCAAUCUCAGGAGCAGGACCUGCAAUCCCACAACCUCUUAGCAGGUCGAAACAUUGCUGCUCCUUUUGUUCUAUUAAAACUGCAGCUUGAACACCUUGAGUGCCUGGAGAAUUUCUUGUCAACCGUGUUGCCUUUGAUACUUGAGUUAUUAAAUCUAUGUGCCUUAGACAUUUUAAAAUAGCUAAGUGGUGCUAUAAAUGCAAAUUUAUUAAAAGGUCUUUGGAUCAGUGAGGCCAUUAAUUUUGAACUACCAUGUAAUACAAGACCUUGAUGAAGGCAUGUUUCAUCUCUUCUCUUCCCUUCCCUGCGGUUUAAGAGAAAGUGAUCUUUUCUCAUAAUAAAAUAUGGCCAUGAAGGCACAUAGCACAUAUUCUUCUCUUAAAAGUAUGAUCAGUUUCUCAUCUGCAUUGUAAAUGUAUAAGUAGGACAUUUCUUAAAUGUUUUCCAAUGUAUACUAAUGCAACAGCCGUAACAUGCAACCUAUCUAUGACCUUCAUAUUUUCUAAGAGUAUAGCAAAACUCAAAAAAUUUCAAGCCCUAAACUACUAACCAGCCUCUCCCCUCCCCCCCACCCCCAAAUCCCGACCUGUACUGUACUGUUUAGCCAUGCAUACUAUUGUUAAUUAUUUUGGUUUAUUUAUAUGCCGUGAAGUUGCAUUAUAAUCGCUUUGAAUUUACUUACUUAUCUACUUUUAUACAGACCAGAUCACUUAAGCUGUCAUGUGAAGCAUGUUCAUUCAACAGAGAGACCCUUCAAGUGCCAAGUAAGAACAUAUUUUUUUUAUUUUGAGACAUUUCUCAUAAAAUAAUCUAUGGUGUAUGUAUGUGUUUAUUCUAAUUCUAUGUGUAUUUUGAUAUUAAUCUAUAUUUCCUUUCCCACACUUUAAAAAAAAAUAUAUUUUUUGUUAUAACACACACACACACACACACACUCAAUGUUGCAUGCAUUUGAUUGUGAAUAUUGUAAUGCUGGCUUGAUCUGCAGAAAAUCCACCUCUGUUUAUAUUCAAUGCAUUGUCUUUUGAGAGCAGUGAUUCCCCUCCCACCCAAAGGAUGAGUUUUCAGCUAUUUAACGCUAUCUCAUAUUAUUGCUUUAUUUUGCCAGUUUUAGCAGUAAUUAUAUUUGAUAGUGUUUUAAACAUCCUGCAAUAUUUCUUUACAUUUUGUAGUCUUGAUGUGUGCUACAUUUGAAACAAAUCAUAUGUGCUCCUUUGCAUCCCUUAAUUUUAGAAAUUUCCCAUGCUUAUAGUUCUGUAAGUAGUUUUUUACUUUACUGAGCCUCAAGGAAGAUGUUCACUAUAACAUAUUGAUUUGUCAGGGCCCCACCCAGCACUUCAAAUCACCCAUAUUGAGAUUUAUAAGCAAAAGAUAGCCACAUGGGUGUUUCAUGAAGUGAUUUUUAUUUCCUUACCACUCUACAACUAUUGUUUGUACAAUAUAAGCAAGAGAAAAGAAGUUUAGACAAAUGCUGCUAUCAUUAUCACAGGUCUGAUGUGUGCUACUACAGUAAAUAAAAAAUACCUAUGUUUGGUUUUCACAAAAGUUACUUGGUACAACAAUACAGCAAUGUUCACUUUGUAUAGGUUUGGCAGACUUUAGAGAAGCUAUAGCGCCAAAGUAGAUGUUUGAAAGAUUAACCCCUUAAGGACACAACGUCUGGAAUAAAAGGGAAUCAUGACGGAAUAUUUCCAUCACGUGUCCUUAAGGGGUUAAUGGAAGCAUAAGUCUGCUAUGGUUCUUUGUAUGAUUCCUUACGUAAAAGAUUUUGUUCUGUAAAGGUAAUGCUAAUUAUACUUUACUUUUUCCUCAGUUUUAAGGGCUGGUUGUAAGAAAGUCGGUUUGUGUAACAAGAUACAGUUCUAAAAGUGCCAACUUCUAUUGAAGUCUGUCCUUGUUGUAAAAUUAAAAAAGUAUCACAGUCUUCACACAAAGCAUUUAAAGGGAUGGCCUCUAUCAAGAAUUUUUUUUUUUUUUUCUCACUUAAGGUUACUUGGUUGUUCAAGCUUUUUGACUACCUCUCAAAUACACAUGUAGCAAUUACCUGUUAUGGGGUUAUAGUUAAAGGGUCAAAUUAAAAACAUGCUAAUUUUAUUUUCAAAUUUCCACUUUUCACUGAUUCUCUUACUUUCGAGAAAAUAAUAUCCCCCAACUACACUUUACCCCUAUCCGUGCAUACCCUUUGUAAAAGUAAACCACUUGAGCUAAUAUGAAAUAUUUCUAGGUUUUUUUUUUUGUUUGUUUUUUUUCUUAUGUGGCCAUUUCAUUUCUAUUUUCUGCCACAUUUAGAGGUAAAUUUUAGUUUUCCACCUUCAUAUGAAAUUAUUUUGAGGCAAUAAAUUCCAGUAAGACUGAAAGUUCCAUAUCAAUGAUAUGGUUUUGAGGGCUGGAGUCCUUUGCUGAAAUCUUACUUUAAGGUGUUAGAUUGAAGGUGUGGAUAGCCAGGAAAUCUUAUUUAGUAUGAACUGCUCAAAAUGGGUUUAAAGAGGCUGUCAUCUUCUGGUGUCUUUCCAUAUUUUGCUGUGCAGUCGCACAGGGUUGCAGCGAAGGUGUUACCUGAUGCAGUCCCCUGCAGGUGUAGUUAUGACCUUUAUUUAGCUCCUGGUGCUUUAUUUGCUUGUAGCCUACGUCGAUGAAGGAGACAAUUAAUCUUUCCCACAGCCGUCACUCUGAACAGCUGGGGGAAGUGACAACGGUAACAGGGGUCUUUUCACCUUUUGUUAAGGUUUGUCAAGCGGAGGAAAAUUACAUAAGACAUACUUGCCUUAUGUAUUUUAGGAGAAAAAGAUUUGAAAUGAAGAAAACCGAUUAGAAAUGAGGAAAAGAGGAGUAAUAGAUUUGGGUUGACAGCUGCUUUGACACUGAAUGGUGGGACAGCUUCAGAGUCCAGAGACUCAAGUCGCUGUAACUAAUUGAAUGAGAUUAAAUGGUUAUAGUGCCUACAUUGUCCCUUUUAAUAUUGCUUUCUGCUAGAUAAACUAAUUUUUUUUUCUUAUGUUUCCCUCAGACGUGUACUGCUGCCUUUGCUACAAAAGACAGACUCCGAACACAUAUGGUGCGACAUGAAGGGAAAGUGUCUUGCAAUAUUUGUGGCAAGCUACUUAGUGCAGCAUACAUCACCAGCCAUCUAAAGACACAUGGUCAAAGCCAAAGCAUCAACUGUAAUACUUGUAAGCAAGGUAAAAAGUUUCAAGGUAAUGGAUACUUUUUUUUUCUUCAGUCUUACAAUAUGCUUGUAAAGAAAGGAAAAUAUUCCAGGAAAUCAAUGUUUGUUAUACGUAGGCUACAAUAAUAUCCUAAAUCAUUCUCAUAAGCUUAUAACAUUUUAAAGUCAUUGUAAAGCUUUAGGGAUACAAGCCUAUAUUCCUAAUGCCUUAGUGUCGCUGUUCCUAGUUAUGAAGGUCACCCUUCAUACCCCAUGUAUGCCAAAUAAAUAAAGGAUUUUACUCCCUAUUUUUCAGCACUGCUUACCUCUCCUCCCGCUACAGUCCGUUCCAAUGGUCCUCAUAGCGGAGAAUUUGGGACGUGAUGCACAUGCACCCAAGCUUCCCUUUUGGAAAGCAUUUAAGCAGUGCUUUUCUACAGAGACUACAAAGUCACAUGAAAGAGAGUGUUACUCGGUUGUUGCACAAGCCUUUCACUCUAGGCUCUGCCUUCUUCUCCUGCCCUUUGGGAAGUUUGGCGCGUAAAAGAUGUGCGACUUACAAGAAAACUGUAGUUUUUCAUUUUAAAUGUAUGAGACCCCUAGCUUUGACUGCUGGAAGCCAUCAAAGAUGAGAUGACUUGCCUGGUCCCUUACAGGCUGAUAUGCAAAUGUUCAUUAUAGUGGCACUGUUACUUGUGAAUUUUUCAUAGACAGAUCUAUUUUUAUGAAACUUUCAUAAUUACUCCGUCCGUGGAAUCGAAAUAUACACAAGUCAAAGUAGGGACUUAUGUGUCUCCAGUUGGACCUGAAUUUUUUCAUUCUUUGACAAUGGGGGAUUAAGAUCACAAUGUCAUCAAAUCACAUGAAUGCAAAAUAGAUACAUAUGGCAUCUCUUUGCUCAAGAUUAUCUCUUGAGACUCUUUAGAAGGUCUUUAACAUGUAGCUGCCAGAAUCUGUAAACCUGUACAAGGAAGAUGGUACCAGAGAGGAGAGAAGACAGGCAUAUCAUAUACUCGAAUAAAAUUAAACUGUAUAAAUAAAGCAUGUGUACCAAUUAGCACUAUAUUCCCCUAAACAACUUUAGCUUAACGAAGCAGUUUUGAUCAUGCCUCUGAAGACUCCCUGCUCCAUUUUCUGUCAUUUAGGAAUUACACCAAUUUGGUUUCUGUUUGUGCAGACCUAGCCACACCUCCCCAAGCUUUGACAGACACAGGCUACAUUAAAAAUAAAUGUUUAAUUUUCAAUCAGAUGUUAACUUGCUUUAUAAGUUUUUAUCUCCUGCUCUUUAAAUUGAACUUUAAUAACACAGAUUAGGCUUUUGCAAGGUCUAGCAAGCUAUUAACCGUGGAGGAGAUAAAAACAAUUCUAAAUUAAACAGACUGUGCUAUACAGGAAGUUUAGACAUUAGAUGUCUCUCUUCACAAAGUUUUUAGGAAGGCUGUGUAGGUCACAUGCAGGGAGGUAUGACUAUGGCUGUAUAAAUAAAGUUAAUUAUUUCCUAAAUGGCAGAGCAUUGAGCCUACAGGGACAUGAUCUAUACACCAAAAUUGCUUCAUGAAGUAGUUUUUUUUUCUGACUAUAGUGUCCCUUUUGAAAACAUUGUGUAGCCACUAGCAGAUUGCUAAUUUCUUCUUAUGAUUACAUCUCUCUAGUGUUGGUUGGUUCCUUUAAAAUACAAAAUCCUCUUCCUAUAAUAUCACCAUUUUUAUCCUUUACUAGUUUAACCCUUUAAGGACCAAACUUCUGGAAUAAAAGGGAAUCAUGACAUGUCACACAUGUCAUGUGUCCUUACGGGGUUAAAGGACCACUAUAGGCACCCAGACCACUUCAGCUCAAUGAAGUGGUCUGGAUGCCAAGUCCAUCAGAGAAACUGCUAUGUUUACAAUAAGGUUAAUCCAGCCUCUAGUGGCUGUCUCACUGUGAAAAUCGCAGUAAGAAGAAGCUGACGUCCAUUGGAAAGCUUUGGAAAUGCUUUCCUAUGGACUGUUGAAUGCGUGCGCGGCUCGUGCUGCGCAUGCGCAUUCAAAGCUGACGUCAGGAGGAGGAGGAGAGUUCACCAGUGCCGAGGGAGCCCAGCGCUGGUGAAGGGAAAGUGUGCCAGGAAAACGAGUUUGGGUACCCUUUGAAGGGUUACGAAAAUUGAGCUUACAAUUCUUGCAUAUCUAGUAACUGCAAGUCCUUCCCUUUUUCCUUGACCUAAACUUUAACAUCUCUGCCAACAGAUUCGACUAAUCUUUGUGCCAUAUAUAUGUGCAGCUGUUCAAUCACAGACUUCUCAAUAUGCUGUAUAACCCUUGCCAAGAGACUAGAGGCCAUAUAACCACCCAUUGUACAGUGCUAUCUGAUGGCGUUAUAUAAAUAAUAUAAUAAUAUAACCAAUCUUUCGGAAUUCCAUGUUUGAAAUUUUGUAUCUUUUUUUUUUUAUUAUUAUUAUUAUUAUUAUUAUUAUUAUUGGACUACCAGAAUGUUUGUAAUGACAAGCUUUCAGGAGAUUUUCUCUUUCUCAAGUUUAAAGCCUUUCUGAGCAAUACAGCACAUAGAUUUCAAAGAGUUGUGAUACAGGGGUUAAGGCUACAUGAGGGCAGAUAAUUAUUCUCGCUCUCGCUCUCGCUCUCUCGCGCUCUCGCGCUCUCUCUCUCUCGUUAAAAAAAAAAAAAAAAGCUUUAUUAUAUCCUUGCUGUAUUUGGGCGUAAAUGUAAAUAUGUACUCUGCAUGAAAUGAAGUAUAAAAAUAUAAAAUUGUCUGUCUUAACACCUUAAGGACACAUGACGUGUGACAUGUCAAGAUUCCCUUUUAUUCCAGAAGUUUGGUCCUUAAGGGGUUAAAGGGACAAAAGUCACCAAAAGAACUUUAGCUUAAUGAAACUGUUUUGGUGUAUGAUCCAUGCCUAUGCAGUCUGACUGCUCAAUUAUUUGUCACUUAGGAGUUAAUCACUUGGUUUAUGGAGCCCUAGUUACACCACUAAAAGUAUGUCUCUGCUGUGCAAGCAUUUGGCGUUCCCCGUAGGAAGACCUUGAAUCAAUGCUUUCCUAUGAGUUAUUGCUCGCUUGCAAAAUGAAAUUACGUACAGCGUUGUUUCAUGGAGUCAUUAGUCUUAGUCUUAGCCCUGCCUCUCACAAUAAUGAGUGGCUAGGUUUGCGUAAACAAAGUGGUCUAAUUAGUAAAUGGCAGAAUUGAGCAGUGAGCCUAAAGAUGGGCAGUUAAUUAAGAAAAAGUUGUCUUGUUACUUGGUUUAUGCAUUUUUAGGAUCUUUUUGAACCUGGGUCACUGACAAAGGUGCAUGUCAGAACCGAAAUGCACAUCGCACCAUUUAUUUAUUUAUUUUUUCUUAUUUUUUAUAGAGGGGUGUGGUGAUAAGCACAAUAUUUGUUAGCACUCUAAUUCUAAUCAUGAAUUUUGAUUUCAAAUCUCAUGAGGACAGGGGUAUACCUAUGUUACAGUGCACUUGCUGCAGAAAUGUAUUUUGGUACCCCCUCCCAAAUUAUUUUGUCUCACUAUGCAAUCACCCAGUCCACUCUUGUUAGGGAAAUUACAUGUGCUUACUUUUUCAUAUACACAGAUUUGUAUAUAGACUCCUACACACACUCUCUUCCAUAUACACACACGUAAUUUGUAUUUUAUUUAUUUCGGGGAGAGUAAGAGAGGGAGAUUACAGUAAGGAGCCCACCCAGCCUUAAUUUUCUUACCUGAGUUUGAGGUCAAAGCAUAACCAAAAUAUAGAUUAUUUUCAUUUCCGCCAUUUUGACCGUAAAUGUACAUUUUGCUUUUAAUUCACUUUGCAUUCUCACUUUAUUGAAUAACCAUGUAUAGAGUUGACCACACCCGCGUGUGCCUUAAAAAUAGAAAUAAAGGAUUUCCUUACCUAUUUUCCUGCGGCUGUUUAUCUCUGCCUCCUUUGACGUCCUUGAGGAGCCUCCUCUGCUUGUCCAAUCCAAUGCUUCUUAUAGAGGAGCAUUGGGGACCUUAUGUGCACUUCCAAGGUUCUCCACAGGAAAGCAUUAUUUACUCAUUUAGUGCCACUGAAGAGUCUCUAGUAGCCGUGGAAGACAGCCACUAGAGGUGGAUUUAACCCUACAAUGUAAACAUUUCUUCAUUGAGCUUCUUUUACUUUGUGUCCCUUAAAGACAAAACAAAAUGUUAAAACUUAACUUUUAGUGUAAAGUCCUGCUAAAAUAGUCAAAUGUGAUGGUUGGGAAUAUCACUUAAGAAAAAAGUAAUGAUCAAAAUAAAGUAUUUACCAGUCAAACUAAUAUUCUCUAAAGACAGAUCAUUUGAUCUUAGGUGGAUUGUAGUGGUGUGUGUCAGAUAUAAAUAUACUGUGUUUGUGUCUAUAUGUAUUAAAGAUAUUUACGAACUGUAACCAAUUUUGCUAUAACCACCAAAGAUAUGCAUGGCACACCAACAUCUCAAUGAAAAUAUCACUGUGUCAAAUCGAAAAACCUCCAACAUUGCUAAGCACUUAAAGGAUAUCUAUAGUCACCAGAACAACUCCAGCUUAUUGUAUUUGUUUUGGUGAGUAUACUCAUUCCCUUCAUGCUUUUUUGGAGUAAACACUUCUUUCAGUGAAAUUGCAGUGCUUACAUUACAGCCUGGGGUUACCUCCACUGGCCACUCCUCAAAUGGCUACUAGAGGUGCUUCCUGGAGCAGUACUGUACAGUGUGCAGCACUGCCAUUCAGUGCCUCCACCCUCUGCAUGGAGACACUGAACUUAUUUCAUGGAGAUACAUUGAUUCAGUUCAUCUCUAUGAGGAGAUGCUGAUUGGCUAGGGCUGUGUUUGGCUGGCCAGGGCUGGCUAUGCCCCUGAUCUGCCACUCCAGUGCUGUGAAAGCAUUUUGAUUAUAUCAGAGAAUCACUUCUAAUGAUGUCAGUGAAGCAGGCAGAUCAGGGGCAGAGCCAGCAGACUUGAAUAAAAGUAAGAUUUUACUAUAUGUGAGGGGCAAGCAGGGCUAAAUGGUGUUUUAAACACUUUAGGGUUAGGAAUACGUUUUAUUUUCUUGACCCCAUAGUGGUGGUGGUGGUGGUGUUAUUAUUAUUAUUAUUAUUAUUAUGAUAUUUAUAGAGCGCUGUCAAAUUCCGCAGCGCUUUAAAAUGGGUGGACGAACAGACAUGUAGUUGUAACCAGACAAGUUGGACACACAGGAACAGAGGGGUUGAGGGCCCUGCUCAAUGAGCUUACAUGCUAGAGGGAGUGGGGUAAAAUGACACAAAAAGGUAAGGAUAGUAUUAGACUAAUGACAGUUGCAGAAGAGGAAUCAGUCAGGAGCUAUUAACAGUUUAACUGAUACGCUUUUAUGAAGAAGUGGGUUUAAUGAUUUUUUUGAAGAAGUGGAGACUGGGUGAGCAUCUAACGGAGGAGGGAAGCAAGUUCCACAGGAACGGUGCAGCCCUCGAGAAAUCUUGAAGGCAAGCAUCAGAGGUGGGAGUACGGACAGAAGAUAGACGUAAGUCUUCAGCAGAUCGUAAGGGCCUAGACGGGACAUACUUGUGUAUAAGGGAGGAUAGAUAGGUGGGAGCAGCAUUAUGUAGAGAUUUGAAAUCAAGAACCGGAAUUUUAAAUUGAGCACUAUAUUUUAUAGGAAGCCAAUGUAGGGACUGACAGAAGGGUGAGGCAUGGGAGGUGCGGGCGGACAGGAAGAUGAGCCUCGCCGCCGCAUUCAUUAUGGACUGUAAGACCACUGAGAAGCGGAUUACAGUAGUCAAGGCGAGAAAGGACAGUGGAAUGGACCAACACCUUAGUCGCAUCUGGCGUUAAGUAGGGGCGGAUGCGCGCAAUGUUUUUGAGAUGGAAAUUACAGGAUUUGGCAAUAGAUUGAACAUGAGGCUUGAAGGAGAGGUCGGAGUGAGAGAGAACACCUAGGCAGCGAGCCUGCGUGGUGGAGCUGAUGGUAGCACCGUUGACUUGGAGAGAGGGAGACACAGGAGUAACAACACUUGAGGGCGGAAAGACCAGAAUUUCAGUUUUAGUCAAAUUUAGUUUAAGGAAGUGGGCAGCCAUCCAGUUAGAAACAGCAGAGAGGCAGUCAGAGACACUAGUCAAGAGGGACGGGGAGAGAUCAGGAGAGGACAGGUAGAUUUGCGUGUCAUCUUCAUAGAAAUGAUAUUGGAAGCCAAAGGAGCUAAUGAGUUUACCAAGGGAGGCAGUAUAGGGGACCAAGGACUGAACCUUGGGGGACACCAACAGAGAGGAGUUGGGGAGAAGAAGCAGAGCCAGAGAAAGAAACACUGAAAGAGCGCUGGGAGAGGUAGGAGGAGCACCAGGAGAGAGCAGUAUCUUGUAGACCGAUAUUGCUGAGGAUGAGAAAAAGCUGUUGAUGAUCAACAGUGUCAAAAGCCGCAGACAGGUCAAGGAGAAUUAGGAUAGCGUAGUGACCACAAGAUUUUGCAGCGAGUAGAUCAUUGGAUACUUUGGUCAGUGCCGUUUCCACCGAGUGCUUAGCGCGGAAACCAGACUGAAGUGGGUCUAGCAGAGAGUUGGGCUCGAGGAAGUCUGUCAAUCUCGCAUACACAAUUUUUUUUCAAGGAUCUUGGAUGCAAAAGGCAGUAGCGAGAUAGGACGAUAGUUGGAUGGCAUACCCAAUUGCACUGAUGCCUCUCGUCUGCUUUCUGUAACCUCCUCGUUUGGCCUUACGCAAUUGUCCAAUCUGGCAACCCAUACAGCAGGAAAGACUCUUGAUCUUGCCUUCACCAACCUCUGUACUGCCUCGAAUCUCUCCAAUAUUCCCUUUCCUUUAUCUGACCACCAUCUGCUGACUUUUGACAUUGGCAUACCCAAUUGGGUCUUGGGUAUGCCAAUGUCAAAAGUCAGCAGAUGGUGGUCAGAUAAAGGAAAGGGAAUAUUGGAGAGAUUCGAGGCAGUACAGAGGUUGGUGAAGGCAAGAUCAAGAGUCUUUCCUGCUGUAUGGGUUGCCAGAUUGGACAAUUGCGUAAGGCCAAACGAGGAGGUUACAGAAAGCAGACGAGAGGCAUCAGUGCAAUUGGGGUUAUUGAUUGGGAUAUUGAAAUCCCCAAGUAUAAGGGAAGGAGUGCUAGAUGAAAGGGGGGAAGCCAGGAAGAAAAGUGCUCAAUGAAUAGUCUAGGAUAACAAUAGUCUAGGAUAGCAAUUCUUAAAGGAGUGGGUUUAAAUAGGCAGACAGUGUGAACUUCAAAAGAAGAAAAGGAUAGGUCAGGGGGAGUUAUGAUUGGUUGAAAGGUACAUUGAGGGGAGAGAAGGAUGCCUACGCCGCCUCCUUUACAGUUGAGUCUGGGAGUAUGAGAGAAUUGUAGCCCACCAAAACAUAAAGAGGCAGGAGUAGCGCUAUCAGAGGGGGACAGCCAGGUCUCUGUAAGUGCAAGCAGUGUGAGUGAGUUUGAGAUGAAAAAGUCGUGUAUGGUUGUCGAUUUUAAAUUACUGCAGAUGGAGCGGGCAUUCCAGAGUGCACAAUUAAUUUUGGUAAAUGAGGGUAAAGGGCAGGGUAUUGUGAUGAGGUUUGUGGGGUUUCUGGUUGUCUUAGUGUGUGUAGAGAAGGUGAAAGGCCCUGGAUUGGGAGAAACGUCACCAGCUGCUAGAAGUAGAAGGAGAGAAAGUGACAAAAGGUGUGAAUGGGUUUUGUAUGCAUGGGGUCUAGGAUGAGAUCGAUUGUGGGUUGGAGUGAGAGAGUAGAAAAAUGAGUGUAAGGCAUGAGAUGAGAGAAGGGGGGAGUGUAGCAGAGAAGGGCAUAUGUGUAGCGGAUGGCACUGGGCUGUCCUGAAAAUUUCAUGUGUUCACUGCAUUCGUGGAAAUUGCUGGUUUUAUAUGUGUUUAAAUAAAGUGUAUUCGUCUGAUUGUUCGAUAGAAUCAUUCGAAUAAACUAAGGGAAUGAAACUACCGAACAAUCAGACCUCCCCUGUGUGAAGUGUGCCUCCAAUUACCCGUUGCAACAAUGUUGCGAACGGGUAAUUAACAAGCUAUGCAGUAGGUCCUUUGUCUCGGGGUGGCCGCCAUUCGGGAAACGAACACGUGGUGGCGGCCAUUUUAAAACUCCCGAACAGCGGUGUUUUGCCGUCGAGUGUCUGGAACCCAAAUCGGACACUCGACUAGGCGAACACCGCUGAGACCUCCACAAGCCCGGUCCGUUCGGUUCCAAACUACCGAACGGCCCCUCGUUCGGUAGACAGAAACAACCGAACAAGGGGAUUCAUGUGAACCCUACCUGAUCUCUAUAGCCUUAGCCGUUCGUGUAAAUUAUUCCCUUGUACUGGGACCGACCGCAGGGCCCAUCGCAUGGAACCCAAUUCGGCUGUUCUAUCCAGCGCGGUCGGUCUUUUUAGUACCUCCAUAAAUUUCCCUAACGCCUGGUCCGAUCUGGGUGAUUUUUGGAUAUGUUGCUCACCCAGAUCAGGAUUACCAGGGGAUUUAAAGGGGUACCCCUAGGUUUAGGGGUACAUCCAGAAACUGGGGGAAUUUGGAUACAGUAUAAGGGGAUUAUGAUGCAGGCUGAGGGGAGGAGAUGUUUGGGAGGUUACUAUUGUCGGAUUGGGUACUGUACUAAUUGAUGAAAAUCCCUCCCUUGCAUGGGAGCAUGCUAUAUAAAGCACUGUGGAAUAAAGGUUGUCAGUUCUGCUCCUGAUGCUGUGUGUCGUCCAGUCAUUGGGAUUGCUGUGGGGAUACUAUUGGAUUAUUUUGCCUGUUGGAAACCUUGCCUGUGGAUUUAUAAUUUACUUGUUUCUGAGCCUCACUGGGAUCAUAAGCGGAGAUAACCUGGGGAAUAUUGUAUCUCCGCUACAAUAUGUAAAUGUGGAUGGGGUGGAUGAAUGAAGUGGGUGUAAGGAGAGAUUUUUAUACUGAGGGAUAAAGAGGAGGAGAAAACAGAUCAUUGCUAAACUGUGAAAAAUAAAAAUUGGAGAUAAUUGGAAUAUCAAGAGCAGGUGAAGGUGUUUUAUGGGUUAAGAAAGUGCAGGAGUGUACUAAUGAGAGGCAGGUUUUUUUUUUGUUUUUUUUAACCUAACUAAAAUGUAGGUGUGACAGACAAUCUAUAAAUGUAAUAAUGAGCAUGGGGUGGGAUGGUGGGCAUCAGUCUUGCUCACUGAAGGAAUGGGCUUGCAAAGUUGGGGAAUCAGGCUGUUGAAUAAAGAGAUGUGAGGGUCAGAGAGCUUGCAAUAAAGGUAAGGGAGGGGGAAAUGUAUCUAGGUACAGAGAUGAAGAGAUGGAUAUUCAAAUAAAAACAAACAUAUCAAUAAGAAAAGGGAGGGGUCAGAGGUCAGUCACAAAUCAGAGGGGAAAUAGAGGAAUGCAUAUAGGUGAAUAAAACUAUUACAUACAGGGCUAGCAAAAUUACACUUUAGCAUAAAAUACAAGAUAUAAAUACGAGAAAACAAGUAAAAAUACAAUGUACACAGGAUAUAUUAAAUAAAAAUAAAAUAAAUGUACAGGGUGGUUAAGUUAAAAAUAAAUGAAGGUGUGUAGGAUAGAGUCUUAGUGUUCCUUUAACCCCUUAAGGACCGAGGACGGUUCAGGACCGUCAUCGGCAUUUUUGCCUUGCCGACCGAUGACGGUCCUGAACCGUCCUAACGGUCUGGGGGUACUUACCUGAUCGCCGUCGUUCCCCCGGCGGCGAUCAGUGUUCCUCCUGUUGUGGGGAGACUGCCUGCAGCCCAGACAGUCUCCCCACGGCAGAUUAGGACCCCUGUGGCCAUGUGAUCGCUUAACACAGCGAUCACAUGGUCACAAUAGGUGUCCAUGUGUCUGCCUGCAGGGGGACUGCCUGUACUGACAGGCAGUCUCCCUGCAUGUGUAAAAUCAGAAAAAAAAUUAAAGUUAAUGGUAAUAAAAAAAAUAAUAAUAAUUAUAUAUGUAUAAAUAUGAUAUAUAGACAUAUAUUAUAUCUAUAUAAUAUAUGUCUAUAUAUCAUAUAUAUAUAUAAUGCCAUACUAAGUGUAUUUUUAUAUUAAUAUGUACUUAUAUUAAUAUAAAAAUACACUUUAAAUUACACACGUAUAUAUAUAAUAUAUAUAAUAACUAUAUAUAUUGUAUAUAUAUAUUAUUAUAAAAUAUAAAUAAUAAGUAAUUUAAAUUAAAUAAUUUUUUUUUUAAAUAAUAAUAAAAAAUUAAAAAAAAAUUAUAUAGUUAUAUGAAAUUUUAUUCUAACUGUAUUUUAAAAUUAAUAUAUAUAUAUAUUUAUAUCAAAAUACACUUAGAAUGAAUUUGUAUAUAUAUCUAUGUAUAUAAAAAUAAAUAAAAAUAAUAACAAAUAUACAUAUGUCCAUAUACAAAAUUACAUAAAUAAUUAUAUAAAUAUACACGUAGACUUCAAAUAUAUAAAUAUGCAUAUAUUUAAAUUCUACGUGCGUAUUUAUGUAAUAUUUUUACAUAAUUCAGUAAUUUUAUUGAUUGCAAUUUGAGGGACCUGCCUGCCAACCCAGGCCGAAAUUCCAGAGAAUUUAAUUUGCUAGCACUGUAUUUUACCCUGUAACGUUCUACGACACCCUAAAACCUGUACAUGGGGGGUACUGUUUUACUCGGGAGACUUCGCUGAACACAAAUAUUAGUGAUUCACAACAGUAAAACAUAUCACAGCGAUGAUAUUGUCAGUGAAAGUUACUUUUUUUGCAUUUUUCACACACAAACAGCACUUUUACUGAUGAUAUAAUUGUUGUGAUACGCUUUCCAGUUUUUAAACACUAAUAUUUGUGUUCAGCGAUGUCUCCCGAGUAAAACAGUACCCCCCAUGUACAGGUUUUAUAGCAUUUUUGAAAGUUACAAGGUCAAAUAUAUGGGUCAAAUAUUUUUACAUUGAAAAUGGCCAGGUUGGUUACGCUGCCUUUGAGAGCGUAUGGUAGCCCAGGAAUGAGAAUUACCCCCAUGAUGGCAUACCAUUUGCAAAAGAAGACAACCCAAGGUAUUGCAAAUGGGGUAUGUCCAGUCUUUUUAGUAACCACUUGGUCACAAACACUGGCCAAAAUUAGCGUUCAAUUUAGUUUUUUUACUUUUUCACACACAAACAAAUAUGAAUGCUUACUUUGGCCAGUGUUUUCGACUAAGUGGCUACUAAAAAAGACUGGACAUACCCCAUAUUGAAUACCCUGGGUUGUCUACUUUAAAAAAAAUAUGUACAUGUGGGGUGUUAUUCAGAGAUUUAUGACAGAUAAUAGUGUUACAAUGUCACUAUUGAUAAAUUUUAAAAUGUAUGUUUUGAAACCGCAAUAUCCUACUUGUACCUAUAGCCCUAUAACAUGCAAAAAAAAGCAAAAAAGCACGUAAACACUAGGUAUUUUUAAACUCAGGACAAAAUUUUGAAUCUAUUUAGCAGUUUUUUUCAUUCGCUUUUGUAGAUGAGUAAAAGAUUUUUCAAGUAAAAGUCAAAAAACAUGUAUUUUUUUCAAUUUUUCAUCAGAUUUUUGUAUUUUUUUUAAAAUUAAAAUACAUGAGAUUAUAUAAAUAAUGGUAUGUAAAGAAAGCCCAUUUUGUCCUGAAAAAAACAAUAUAUAAUUUGUAUGGGAACAGUAAAUGAGAAAGCGGAAAAUUACAGCCAAACACAAACACCACAAAAGUGUAAAAAUAUUCCUGGUCGCAAAUGUACAACAUCGCAAAAACAGUCCAGUCCUUAAGGGGUUAAGGCCUCUAUUGAAAUUUGCAAAAAUGGGACGUUUCAGUUAAGUUCAUCGCAAGUAACCGUAUCUCGCAGUUAAUGUUUUACAGUUAGAAUUACUUUACCUUUCUAAACCAUUGUAUAUUUUUUUUCCCAUUAUUAAAUUUGCUUCAUAUAAAACAUUGUGCCUAUACGUACAAAAUAUGUAAUCCCUUAUUCCUCAUGAUUUAUCAAAAAAGCACAUUUGAUUUCUGCCUUAAAUGCCUUGUUAAUAUUCGGUUUUGAUGUUUCUUUCCUUUGUAUACAUAUAUAUACUUUCAACACUUAGACUGGAGCAAAUGAUUUAUUGAAUUUGUUAUGCUUUCAAUCUGCAUGUAAAGAGAUACAUGUCUUGUUUUAAUUUAGGACAACUUCAUGAACUUCAAAGUCCAGUUCAUUGUCGAAUCAAAUAUGAAGGUAUUUAUCAGCUUUUACAAUUUAAGUCCUGAACAAAUGUCUUCCAGAUCAGAAAUAUUAACAAUUUGAAAUUUUCAUUUUAUAGAAAAAAAAUUCUUUCUAGUGUCUUUCCACUGCCUGUAUCUGAAAUGUUUCCCACACAUGGAUUAAAACAAAUGUGGUAUCCCAUUAAAACCCGAAUCGGAUUCAGUCCACACUGUUGGCACUGUAACUGCUUCAUUUCAUUGCAGUUAGUGUAUCGAGACCCCUAGUGCUGUCCUUCCAUUCAGUGUUAAACCAAUUUUAAUGCUAAACAAGAGCCCCCAGCAACCCGUUUCUUCUGUGCUGCUUGGGUUAAUGGGUGGCUCUGUGCAUUAGCCUUACCUUCGACCUGAGGGUGGCCAGGGAUCCAUAUUUAUUGCUAUAUUUAAAAUGGUUUAAUACUGAAUGGAGGUAUGGCUCAGAGCACUUCAGGCACUCUAACCAAUUAAAUUACUAUAGUGCCUACAGUGUCCCUUCAAUAUAAGGUAGGGUGACACAGAAUCACUAAUGCCUCGAAUUCAUCCUGCAGCCUUGCUUGCUGGCAGUUCUGUACUUUCAAAUUUAACCACUGGGAUCUUUGCACACUUGCUCAUUGAAUUUACUUGAGUUUUAGUAGCUUUACCAGUAAUUGCCUACAUAAAUUUACAUAUGUAAGUUUUAAAGCAUUUUAAAAAGUUAUGUGUAAGACAAUGCAGUGCCCUAUUUAUGUUUCAAUAAUUAUUUCUGAAAACAUCAAAACAUGUUUUUUUAGUCUUUUAUUUAAAAACAAAAACAAAACACUAUUAUAAUAUAGGUGGCAGUUUUAGAUCAAUCAAUUCUAUCUUUCUGCGUAAUUGCUGUUACUGAUUUUUGAAUACAUCCUCCCUCCCCCCACCCCCCAUUGCUUUCUAUUGUUUUUGUUUUUUCUUUCCUAAUUGUGGGACUUUGAUGCAUUGCUUUUCCUCUUAUUUCAGCUUCAGACUCACUGUUUUGUGCUGUGGAUCAGAAUCAUAGGACAUUUUCAAUAGGUGAUUUUAUGUCAUUAUAAUAGUUGACUUAGGCCAUAUUUGUGGUUAAUUGGUUUGUUCUAAUUAUCUAGGAGUGCUUGUUCACCAAUAUACAGGGGAGUUUAAAUGGACACCAGUAGAAAACUGAAGUAAAAUAGGGAUUGUUUUGGAAUAAAACACGUGGAGAAGCAAACAAUAAUGUGUUUAGCAAAGAAUGAAUUUAGGUGUAGCAUGAUAUUAAUGUAUUAAUAUUUUAAGGAACGUAAUGGAAAAAGGGGAACUGCCAUAUAGCUAGAGUAAUGGGAAAUUUAAGGUAAUAUAGGAAAGAGUUGUAAAUGCUUGAAAGUAACUUCCAGCUGAUGGCUUGCACAUGAAUGGUGUAGAAAAAAAGAUAAGUUGUAUCUUGCCUGGCUAACAAAACUCUCCUAUUAAAGCCUAUUCUUGUAGACCGAAAAUAGUAAUUGGACUUCAUAAAUUUGGCAGUGUUUGAUACAAAUUUAGGUGUAAAAAAAAAAAAAAGUGUGUGUGUGUGUGUAUAUUUUUUUACACCUAAAUUUGUAUCAAACAUAUAAAUAGCAAAGACGACGCACAGAAUACAAAAAUAAGUUGUGAUACAGGGGUUAGCGACAUAAGUGCAGAUAAGCCACAGGUUUGAUAGAAAAUAGACAUUAUUCUCGCAGAGGGUCGUAAAUAGUGUGUGUGUGUGUGUAUAUGUGUACACAAUAUAUAUUGUGUAUUGAGUCAAAACAAAUCCACCUUAAUAACUAUAAAAUGCUCAAUCCAACUUCCUUAACAAUUACUGCAUCAGCCCGGCUAGCUCAGCCGGUAGAUCAUAAGACUCUUAAUCUCAGGGUUGUGGGUUCGAGCAUUGGGCGAGAUUUGUAAUUUGUGUGCUAAGAUAGCUCAGUGGGCUAAUGCUUCAUUAGAAGAUCUGUUCAUCACUUGGGGUUCAGAGGUUCAAUUCCUAGCAGGGUUGACUCAUCCCUUCAUCCCCUUGAAGUAGAUAAAAUGAGUACCAUUAAAUCGGGUAAAAGGAACAUCCCCAGGAUGCACUUGGCAACCAGAAAAUAUCUGAAUGUCUCUUUCCUGUUUAAAAAAUGUUUUUAAAGAAGAAAAACUACCACAACAAGAGGUCAUAGUCUUAAAUUAGAGGGGGAAAGGUUUAAAAAUAUCAGGAAGUAUUACUUUACUGAGAGGGUAGUGGAUGCAUGGAAUAGCCUUCCAGCUGGUAAAGGUUAGCACAGUAAAGGAGUUUAAGCAUGCAUGGGAUAGGCAUAAGGCUAUCUUAACUAUAAGAUAAGGCCAGGGACUAAUGAAAGUAUUUAGAAAAUUGGGCAGACUAGAUGGGCCAAAUGGUUCUUAUCUGCCAUCACAUUCUAUGUUUCUGUGCAUUAUUUGGGCUGCAUAUCAACCAUAUCACAUAAGUGUUGUUCAAUUUGAUGUCGUUCUUUAUUUAAAAAAAAUAAAAUAAUUGUUUUCUUUUUCAGACACAAGUAGCAUGUGCCAAACUUCUACUGCAGCUCAGACACCAGUGACUCUCACUUCUCCCUUCAACAUUACUUCUUCUGUAGCUGCUUCGGGAACUUUGACUAAUCCUGUAACAGUAGCAGCUGCAAUGAGUAUGAGCAUGAGAAGUCCAGUUAAUGUUUCCAGUCCUGUUAACAUCACAUCUCCAAUGAAUUUGGGACACCCUGUUACCAUAACCGCACCAAUUUCAAUGACAUCUCCUCUAUCGUUAACCUCUCCAGUCAAUUUGCCUACUUCAGUCACUGCUCCAGUGAAUAUAGCACAUCCAGUUACUAUAACAAGCCCUAUGAAUCUGCCUACACAAAUGACGUUGGCUGGCCCUUUAAAUAUUGCUAUGAGACCAGGGGAGAGUAUGCCAUUCUUAUCCCAAGCUCUACCGUCUUCAACACCUUGGUAAAGAAUAUUUACAACAGUAUUAUAACACGUUACUUCUAAGUAUGAUUUGAUAGGAAGUCUUUAAAAUGUUUUGAUGCUGGUGUGUUGACGUUUGAGUUUGGUUAAUUCACCGGUUGUACUUCAGCCUCUGUAUUUAUUGUCCUGCAUCACAUCUUUGUAUUCAGGAGGGGAGGUAAAUCAUUACGUCAAAGUUUAGUGUAGAAAAAAAACAUUUAUACUUUUUCUUUUUUAUUAUUUUUUUUAUUUUUUUUAUAGCUAUUAAUAGUUUAACACUAUCAAGCAAAUCCCUUAAUAUAAUUACUACAAUUUUAAAUACGGUUAUCACUACGAAACAGAAACAAAACAAUGAUGCUGGUGUGGUUUUUCCUUGGUGCUUCUUAAUUGCAUGAAAUUUGCAUAAUGCAAAAUGUGUUCAGAAAUUCUGAAUUUUUUUGUAGGAAUUAUGUUAGCAUUCCCUAUGGGAAGGGAAAAGCACCAAUAUGCAGAAGAUAUAAAUAUUGACUUUAAUAUACCUUUUUAAUUUACACAGUUAAGGUUUUCCACUCAUUAGGUGAAAUGAACAUCAUUGCUUUGUUUGUGAGCUCUUAUGGAGAUUCUGUUUAGGUAUUUGGAGGUGUAAAUAUGGUUAACAUUACCUAAAGGGAAUGGGUGUGUGUGUGUGUAUAUAAUAUAUAUAUAUAUAUAUAUAUAUAUUACAUUACACAUGCUCAUAUACUCUACAGACCUGUACAAGCCCUAUUCCUAACUUAUUGUAAAGUGAUUGUGAAACUUCCUAGAAGCUGCAAUAAUCAACAUGAGAUGAAGCAAGAACGCCUGCCACAAAAACACAAAAUGGAUGUUCAAUAAUGGAUGCAGAAGCACAAGGAAAACCCAAAUAAGAGAUGACUCAUUGAUACCCCUUAAUGGACCUGAUGGAUUUUAAAUGAGGGGUAUAAAUUGUUCAAGAACUUUUGUAUCAUGUUGAAAUUCUUUUCAUUUUCUAACCACUAACUAGAUAGUGAGCCCAAGACCAGCUACGGCUAUAUCUGUUUUAUUUUUUUGGUGUUUUUUUGUUACAAGUGCUGUAGAAAUGUUUUAAUGUGUAAAUAUUGCAUAGCAUUUUUUAAUUUUUAUCCAGAACCAUUUUCCUUUUAGUAUCCUUUCAUUACUCAUGGCAACGGUGGGUUCGUGUUAGUUCUGGCCUUUCCCCCAUAGCACUUGCUUAUUGGUCAGAUCACAAACACUUAUGUAGACACACCCAUUUCUAAGUUACAUGUAUUUUUUUUUUUUUUUAAUAUUCCCUAAUAUUAACUGUAUUGUAGAAACGAACAACCAAAACAUUUUUUAAAUGCUUUUUAGGCUAUCCUGUGACAUUAGCUUUUUGUUUUAGAUAUGUGUUAAAAUUUUAAUUAAUGUAGAGACUAGCAAACACCUGGAAAUCUGUGUUUAACAGAUUUCUCCAGCCUUUGGAAUUAUAGAGAAUAUUAAACAGAGACUCUACAUUACAGAAAAAAUAAAUAAAAUAAAAGUCCACUUAACAGAUUUUAGAGGAUAUUUUUUAUUUAUGCAUUUAACUCCUUUCUGCUAGAGAACUGUGUGCUUUUAGUCUCUAGCAGGAAAAGGGAACUGAAUUGUUUUUAGAUCAUGUAUUCUAAAAUAACUUCCUCUAUGGCAGUAGAAAACAAUGGCAUGCUUUAAAAUAAAAAAUUACAAACUUCUAAAAAGAGACAUCUAGAUAGGAAUAUACAAACAAUUUUAGGGGCUUGAUAUAUACAAAAAUAGAGUUCAGUUUAAAUAAAAUUAAUUUUAUAACUGAUCUUUUGUACUGUAGGACAUUAAUCUGUACAUCUUUUGUAUAUACACAAUCUUAGGAUCUUUCUGUUACGCAGGAAGAAGCCACAUUCCCACUCUUUGACUGUAUACGUUUGUUACAAUGUCCAUGUAAACAUAUGCCCCAUGUUUGUGCCUUUUUAAUUAGUUUGUCUCAAUAAACAAAACUGUAGAGAAA